UCUAAAUACUUCAGCUAAUUAAGUAAUUAUCAUAUGGAAAAGCUCUAUUGCUAUUUUGCAGGGCAAUCCACAUUUAUGUAGUGACUCGAGUCAAGCAAAAGGUCACAUUAUUUAAUCUUUAAUCAAGUCAUGAUCACUAAUAGUAUCUGAUGCACACACAAUAAUGAGUCCAGGUCUGGGACUCUGGCCUCUGGGGGACCUAUAUUGAUUGUCGUUCUACUACUAUAUAUAAGUCUGGAAAGAAGUCUCCGUGUUUCAUAUAUUGCUUUAGCCCCCUGUACCAUUACAAAGCAUUUCUACCUCCAUUUUUUCACUAAUCACUAUAGCAAGAAAUAAUGAAGAUCUUCAAUUGGGUGCACUGUAAAUUACAUAACAAAGAUGGAUGGAGUAAUGGACAACUAAAGAAGAAGGCUGAAAGUGACAUGGUAGACGAUCAACAUGUUGCUCUUGCAGAUGCCAUUGCUAGUUGGAGACACGGAAUUCUCACUAUUGGUACCUUAGGUUUUGAUCCCCUCAAACAUUUUGAUCAACUAAAUGAAAUUCAGUCACUCAAAAAUGAGCAGGAUGAAAUUGAAGACAAUCAGGAAGAAUAUGAACAGGAUGCUUCUGUCGAAAAAUGCAUUGAGGAAGGAAAUGGAGAUCAGGACCCUUUGAUUCAGCAUGCAGCAAUACAUGGAUUUAAUAAUUCUAGUGGAGGUGAUAACCUGAACAACAGCUUGCCACUGUUUAACAUUCAUGAUCAGGAACCCGACAUUACUAUUGAUGAUCAUGUUGCUGCUGAUAACUCAAAUUAUGACAAUUUGGGAACUGAAAGGAAGAGACAAGUUGAAGGAGAGAGAGUUACACUUGCGGAUUUGUUUGCAGUUGAUUGUGAGGAGUUCGGUGGUGCAAAGCCUCAUACGCCGCCUCAUAUACAUGAUAAUAAUGCUAAAGUGGUCAUGAUCCGGACAGAAGAUCAUGAUUGUCCAAUGAUCAAGAAAGCUCAGGAGGCUGCCAUAUCACCUGCUGCCAAGACGCCAAUUUCUCGGCCCAAAGAGGACUCACAUUCUUCACGUCCGAUCAAAAAAAUUAACCGUCUGAUGACCAAGAUACUGAAGAGGAAGAUCCAUCCGGAAGGCAAAAAUGAAAAGAAAGCAAAUCAGAUGAAGCCUGGCUGUGAAAAUGGAGCCGAUGAACGGGUUUCACUUCUUUAGACUCGCAAGAUUUAGUUGCCUGCACCUCGCAGCGAUCGGCACCAGUCAUCGACCUUUCAUCUUUCUUUAGAUUCCUAAUCUGAUGUAUUUGUUAUUUUAAAUUGUGUCAAUGUAUGUUAAUAAAUGUUUAUAUAAUGGGGGCAUCGGCUACUUGCCCUCACUGAGUUCUAUAGAUGUGCAUACUGCAUCUAUAAUUUUACAAACAAUCGGGUGUUGAAACCAGAGCUUUAUUCCUUCUA